UUUACAACUCGUGUGUUUUAAUAUGUAGAAAGAUAAAGGCUUUUUUAAUUUUACUUUUAUUUUAUCUUUUCAAGAAGUUUGUAGUAAUUGUAUAUUUCUUUUCCUCUUUUCUCUUAAUAUUUUUCCAUAUUGCAAUAAAAAUUAUAUAUAGUGCCCUUAACCUUCAAUAGCAAUUUGGUUGCAUAAGGAAAAAUGAUUUAAACUAAUAGGAAGAUUACUAAAACAAGAUGUCUUUAAUAGAAGGUGUUGGUGAUGAAGUUACAGAUUUUUUUAUUGCUUUGAGUAUCAUAUUGGUGGCUUGGUUCGCAUGGUGUUCUACAAAUAUUGCAGAUCAACCAAUAAUACGCACAGUACUUAUAUUGCAACAUCGAACACGCACAAGUAUUACAGAAUUAAGAGCAAAUCAGAAUACCAAUACUCUUAAUCAAUCUCGUAAUUUGGAAAUAUCAGAUGAAGAUUCUAUGGAAACAAAUACUAUUGAAAGUAAUAAUUCAGAAGCAAGCUGUCCGGAAACAUCUAUUGCAGAUGUUACUGCUCCAGCAUUACGAAGAGUAGCAGAAGCUACCACUUCUGAAGAGGUUCUCAUUGAAACUAUGGAUUCCUUUAAUAAUGAAGAGACAAUAGUGUUAAAACAAUCUAAUGAGGAAAAUUCUACAGAUGAAUCUAAUAAACCCGAGUCAAUGUGUCCUAGUACAACAGGAUGUACAACUGAAAACUUGUCGACUGCCAAUGCUAAUGAAAUUACUAUAAAACUGAAAUUCAUAAAUGAUGAUCAAAAAGUAGUAACCGGAAGUCUUAAGGAAAUGCUUGGAGACUUCAAAAGGCGACAUUUUCGAGUAGAACUUGAUUCACAAAAACUGGUGCGCUUAGUAUUUAAAGGUCAAGUGCUUCAACCAGAUAGCCAAACAUUAGAACGAUGUGGUCUUUAUAAUCAUUGUGUAGUUCAUUGCUUAGUACAUCAACCACGGCCAGCUACAACAUCAUCACGGCCGCAUACAUUAGAUGAGUCAUCAAUUUAUUUCAAUCCACAGACUUUCCAAGAUCUCCCUGCGGGUAAUGGAAUCAGCUCAGUACAUAAUGAAUGGGAUUUAAGCAGGCUUUUAGUGAGCAUUUUGACUCUUAUCUUAGGUCUUGCUUGGUAUUCUCGUUACCACUAUGCGCAAUUAUUUACUGCGACAACUACACUUGCAUUAUAUGCACUCACUGCAAUAUUUACGGUUUCUUUAUUUAGCAAUUUUUUCCCUGAUCAAGAUAGCAUUAGAAAUAUUGAAUGAAUUGAUGUUACUGUCUUAUUAUUCAAACAAUUGUGUGAACAAAUUUUACCGAUUAUAAGUAAGUAAAAGAAAUGGACCUUCA